AUUUGUUUUUAUAAUUUUCAAUUUUAUUAAUUUCAUAUCAGGAUCGUUUAUUUUGUUAUUUUGUGGUCCAUAUCAGGAUCGUUGUGUAAUCUUUUGUGGAGAAACAGAGGCCAACCGGCAACUGCACCUGUUUGAAGAAGGUAAGUCAAAAUUUGGAUUCAUUAGAGGAGGACGAUGCUUCCGUUUACUUUACAGGAAGCUUCCCACUUAACGCUUCACCACCACAAUCUGUCUCUUUCUCAGUUUACUUUAUGUCUGUUCCUUUCUUUUGAUUCGAUGUUAUUUUUUUGUCUAUAACUGUUGUGUGUUUGUUAUAUGAGAAUAUUUGAGGAAAAGUCAGCGUUUCUCGAGAAUUAUUGGAAGAAUCUUGGAGGCGCAGGCGUAAUAAAGGAUUUCCUACCAGGGGGACAUCAGAAGGGUUAAUAACAGGCUCAACUUUUGAUGAAGUUUUUUGAUCCAGAAGGGCGAUUUAUUCUGCAAUGGAACAAGACCUUUUUACUAUGUUCUGUUAUAGCAUUGUCAUUGGAUCCAUUAUUUUUCUAUAUUCCUAUAAUUGAUGGCACAAAAAAAUGCCUUGAUGUUGACCACAAGUUGGAGAUAAUUGUAUGUGUUCUUCGUUCUUUUGCGGAUAUGUUAUUUGUAUUUCACAUUAUUAUCCAAUUUCGAACUGCAUAUGUUCCUCGUUAUAAUCACAUACUUGGAAAGAGAGUAUUUAUAGAUGAACCUCAUUAUGUGGCAAAACGUUACCUUACAUCCUACUUCAUCAUUGAUGUGCUAGCAGCCCUUCCACUUCCACAGUUGGCAAUUUUGGUGACGAAAAUUUCUGGCUUCCUCACUGAAAAAGCAUGGGCUGGAGCUGCUUUUAACUUUUUCCUCUAUGUGCUAGCUAGCCAUGUAGUUGGAGCCCUGUGGUACUUGUUUGCAAUAGAAAGUGAAAUGAGAUGUUGGAAUAUUGCAUGUGAAAGGAAUAAGUGUUACUCCAAGUAUUUAUACUGUGGAGAAGGGCGUGUUGGAGAUUUUGGGUUUUUGAACAGUUCAUGCCCUCUUCUUGAGCGAAAUGAAAUUAAAGGUUCAACAAACUUUGAUUUUGGAAUAUUCCUUGAUGCUCUUCAAACUCGUGUGUUGGAAACUAGAGACUUCCCUCAAAAAUUCUUGUAUUGUUCAUGGUGGGGCUUGCAGAGUCUAAGUUCACUUGGUCAAGGCCUUAAAGCAAGCACUUUCUAUGGUGAGAUUCUAUUUGCAGACUUCAUUGCCAUAAUUGGGCUUGUUCUAUUCGCUUUGCUUAUUGGCAACAUGCAGAAAUACUUGCAGUCUUUCUCAAACCUGACUCUUAGAGUGGAGGAGAUGAAGGAAAAAAGGCGAGAAGCGGAGGAUCUAAUGUCACAUAUUUCCCUCCCUGAAAGUUUAAGGGACCGAGUGAGAAAACACAAGCAUUACAAAUGGAAGAAAACUAAGGGUGUUGAGUUAGAUUCCUUUGUCAAAGACCUUCCUCGGGAUUUGAGGAGGGACAUAAAACGUCAUCUUUGCUUGUCUUCACUCAUGAGAGUACCUAUGUUUGAAGCAAUGGAUGAACAUAUGAUGGAUGCGAUGUGUGACCGAUUGAAGCCAGUUCUCUACACAGAGAAUAGCUACAUACUCCGAGAGGGAGAUCCAGUACCUGAAAUGCUCUUCAUCACACGUGGAGCCCUAGAAAGUGUAACAACUAAUGGUGGAAGGGAUGGCUUCUUUAACAGGAGUCUCCUCAAGCCUGGUGAUUUCUGUGGAGAAGAGCUUCUGACAUGGGCUUUGGCUCCUGCAACUCCAACACUCCCUUUCUCAACUAGAACUGUCCAAGCACUUACAGAUGUUGAAGCUUUUGCUCUAGCAGUUGAUGAUCUCAUGUUUGUGGCUUCCCAGUUUAAAUCUCUCCACAGCAGACUUGUCCAACAUACUUUUAGAUUCUACUCACAGCAGUGGAGAACAUGGGCAGCAUGCUACAUACAGUCGGCAUGGCGUAGACACUGGAGAAGGAAGCAGGAAAUAGCUAAAGCAUUGGAGGAUAGUAGAAUGCAUGAUGCCUUUGUCAGGGAAACCUCCACCCUCAGCCUUGGUGCCUCCAUCUAUGCUGCUAGAUUUCACUCCAAUGCCUUACGCAUGUUGAAGCCCAAUAAUCAUCCUACAUAUAAAUAUGAUUAUGAUCAUGCCCACCUGUCAAAACCUAAUUGGCACCUAAUUCUGCCACCCAAGCCACCACAGCCUGAUUUUGAGAGUCAUGCCACAACAAUUGUUACCUUCAGGUAAACUCAACUUUCUCCUUAUCUCUUAUCUUAUCUUGGAGUAUAGUAUGGAAUAUGAUGAUAGAUACGUGUUUUUAGCAUUCUAGUCUAGUGUCAGAAGUAUGGAAGGAAUGAAUGUAAUCUAGGUUUUGUAACUAUCUUUCUCCAAUUUUAUAUAGCACGUUAUUCAUGUAUGUACAUGUAACAUGUAGAGUGAGUUACCUUGUUAUUUCAGUUAGCAAAUGGAGU